CGAGUGAUUACGUGACCAUUGGCAAUGAAACACUAAGGUUGACCCAAUUUUAUUACCCUCAAUCAGAAUACAAUCUUGGGGUAUAUUUUGUUAGUUUUAUUUCAUAACGCAAUAAUAAUAUUUUCUUCGAAAUUUGUUGUUACGCACAGGCACUAAUCAAAAGUGAGGUCUCAAUUUUUGAUGUAAUGUGAAUGGUGUGUUAAGUUUCUUAAAAUCAUAAUUGUGAUGGUUUUGUGUUACUACUGAAUAGUUUUCUUUUCUUUUGAAACUAUUUACCAAUGGAAGAAUCACAAAUUCAAAAAUUCUAUAAAGGGCGAAAUGUGUUCAUCACAGGCGGGACAGGAUUUAUGGGAAAAGCUUUAAUAGAAAAGCUUCUUAGGGAAACAGAUGUCGAAACCAUUUAUGUUUUAAUACGAGAAAAAAAAGGAAAGACGCCGCAUAUGAGGAUAGAUUCCUUAUUUGACGAUGUGAUUUUUGAUCGAGUUAAAAUCGAAAAGCCAAAGUGUCGAAAUAAAGUAGAGGCAAUUCCUGGAGACUGUACUAUAGCAGGCUUGGGUAUAUCGAUCAUAGAUAGGCAAAAGCUUAUCUCAAAUAUAGAUGUAGUUUUUCACGUAGCCGCUACAGUCAAUUUUAAUGAACAUUUAAAAUUGGCAUACAAUAUUAACUUAAAUGGCACCAAAGACUUAUUAAAUUUGGCCAGAGAAAUGAAAAACUUAAAGUCUAUAAUCCACGUAUCAACAGCUUAUUCAAACUGCCAACGAAUUCAAAUUAAUGAAGAAAUAUACGAUCAUCCAGUAAAAAGUUCAGAUCUUGAGGCUUUGCUAGAAAAAAUGACAGAUGAAGAAGUAUCUAGUUGUGAGCCAAAAAUUCUUGGAGAGUGGCCCAACACAUAUACCUUCACAAAAGCCUUAGCCGAAUCAUUAGUAAAAGAAAUGUCAGGUACUAUGCCUUUAGGCGUAUUCAGGCCUGGAAUAGUUAUUUCUACAUGUCGAGAGCCAGUUCCAGGUUGGAUAGACAAUUUAUAUGGACCGACUGGAGUAGCAGUUGGAACUAUAUCAGGGGUUCUAAGAGUAUCUCCUUGUGACACGAGCAAAAGAGCGGAUUUAGUACCAGUCGAUACGUGCGUUUGUGGACUCAUAGCAUCAGCAUGGGAUGUUGCUGAAAGGAAAGAAGAAAGAAAGCCUGAUAAUAUCCCAGUAUACAACUAUGUUGCUUCGCCUGAAAAUCCAAUUCUUUGGGAUGAAUUCCUAAAGUUAAACUUUCUUCAUGGAGUAAAUUACACCCCCUCUAGUGCCAUCUGGUGUCCAUAUGCAGUAUUAACAACAAACGUAUACCUUUACUGGAUAUUAAGGCUUCUUUUACAUACAUUACCUGCAUUCUUCAUUGAUUUGGUUACCUAUGCAAUUGGAGGAAAACCAAAGUUAUUAAAGGUAUAUAAGAAAAUUCACAAGUUUAGUGAAUUAGUAGCCUUUUUCUGCAUGAGGGAGUGGAAUUUCACCAAUUCAAAUACCCAAAAAUUAUGGAAGAAGCUAAACAAGACUGAUCAGGAUCUAUUUCCACUUAGCAUGACCACCGUGCACUGGACCAUGUAUUUCAGAAUAUAUGUCAAGGGUGUGAGGAAGUACCUCCUAAAAGACGACGAUUCUACUUUAGAAAGGUCAAGAAUAAAAAACAAAAGGUUCAUGCUUGUCCAUAAGAUUUUGACAAUCUUCUUCGUCUGCCUUACAAGCUAUAUAUUCAUUUCCUGCAUUUCAAGGUUAUAUAAUUGCAUUUUGGGUAUUUAAAUAUUAUAAUUUUAUCUUAAUUUUAAUGUGUUAUGUAUCAGGUUUUAUCUUUAAAUUGGGACUGUUAGUUUAACAUAAAAUAGACAAUAGAUGUUGAAAUCAACCUUAACAGCAGCAAAAGUAACGAAAGUAAAAGUAACGCAAAAAACUUAAAUUAAAAUGCUACCUGUAUAAGAUUCUUAUAAAAAUUUAUUUUAAAAAAUGUUUAAAAAAAUUUUUAGUAUGUUUAAUGUUAUAAAAUUUCUAAUUUAAUUUAAUUCUAAUUUAAGUAACAAAUAUUUUUAUCUAUUGUCAUAUUGGUAAUAUCUACUGUACUUUGUUGUGUCUACAAUACUUGUUUAGUUUAAUAGUAUUGUGUAUAUGAUUAUGCCAUAAAAUCAUGUGUCUUGUAUAUAUUUUAAGAAAAAACUUAGAUUGUGAUAUACCGUUUUUAAAACAGGUAAAUAGAAAUAGC